AAUAAGGAAAAAGAACUUAGAACCAAAGUAUUAUAAGUGAUUUGUUCGGAUCUUUUAGAUACUGAUCUCCACCAAUAUUGGCUGAUAUUCUCUUUUACUGCUCGCUAGGCGAUUCCUAUGGAGACAUGGACUUUAAAUUAUCUGCAACUUCCACAAGAUAUUUGUUUUAACAACUGGCACUACCCAAAUUCAUCUUACAUCUUCUUCUUUAUAAAAAGGAAGCCUUCUGGAGCAUAAGUGCACAUAUCAUCCUCUUGACUUGCAAUCUUCCCAUCCAUAAAAAAAUAUCUUAUCACAAUGGCAUCAAGCUCAGUGUCUUCUCACAGCUCUGGUUCGUGGACAGCUAAGCAGAACAAAGCCUUUGAGCAGGCUCUAGCAACCUAUGACCAGGAUACUCCUAACCGAUGGCACAAUGUUGCCCAAGUUGUUGGUGGAAAAACAACGGAAGAGGUAAAGAGACACUAUGAACUCCUUGUGCAAGAUAUCAACAGCAUUGAGAACGGUCUUGUCCCGUUCCCAAACUACAACACCAACGGCAGGCUGUUUCAGGAAGAAAAGAGGAUGAGAAAUAUGAGGCUGCAGUGAAUAAAGAAGAUACACUGAUCGGUUCUUUUCUCAGCCAUCCAUCUCAACUGGCAAAUUGUUGUUUACUUUCCCCCAAAAGCUUAGACGCUACCAAAUCUCUCAGAUACCUCAAAUCUUUAAUCAUUCAAGUUGUGUUAGGUUUAUUUUGUAAUGAAAAGUCCAACUUCAUGAUGAAUCAUUGUCUUUUAACUAUUGCUGAAAAUAAAGAAGAAAGUCUCGGUCACA